AAGUAUUGUCUAUUAAUGGAUUGUACGCUGCAGCAGCUGCUCGUCCGCUAAGGUCCUUUCGUACGAUAAGAUCGUCUGAUAGCGAACGGUUUCAAGGUAUACUAUUGGUCCAAACGCGCGUUUCCUCCUCGUCGUAAGUCUUCAACUUCUGGAUUCCGAAAUUAGUGGUCAAACAGUAAAUACCUACUUAAUUCUCAAGCUAAACGUCAACCGAUUGUUAUAAUAAUAUCUUCACUUAGUUCGUAUUAAUUCGUUUAUAGUCGUCGCAUAUCAUGGCUCGCGUUUUGGUCGGCGUUAAGCGCGUAAUCGAUUAUGCGGUAAAGAUUCGCGUCAAGCCCGACAAGUCAGGUGUCGUCACCGACGGCGUCAAGCACGGCCUAAAUCCGUUCGAUGAGAUCGCCGUCGAGGAGGCCGUCCGCCUCAAGGAGAAGAAAAUUGCGUCAGAGGUGAUUGCAGUGUCGUGUGGCCUGCCGCAGGCCCAGGAAUCGCUGCGCACCGCUCUCGCAAUGGGUGCAGACCGUGCCGUCCACGUUGAGGUGCCACAGGCCCAGUACGACAGUCUGUUGCCGCUGCACGUGUCCAAGAUUCUGGCCAAGGUGGCGGUGGACGAGAAAGUGGACAUCGUCGUUGUCGGCAAACAGGCCAUAGACGACGAUUCCAACCAGACGGCCCAGAUGACGGCGGCCCUAUUGGGUUGGCCGCAGGCCACGUUUGCGUCCGAGGUAACCGUAUCUGACGGCAGCGUGCUGGUAAAACGUGAGGUGGACGGUGGCAUGGAGACAGUCAGGGUCAAGUUGCCAGCCGUCAUUAGCGCCGACUUGCGGCUCAAUGAACCGCGGUAUGCCACUCUACCCAACAUCAUGAAGGCUAAGAAAAAGCCCAUCAAGAAGCUUUCAGCCACGGAUGUUGGUGUAGACUUGGCACCACGUCAACAGGUGUUGAGCGUAGAAGAUCCGCCUACCAGACAGGCAGGUUCUAUUGUGCCUGAUGUUGACACUCUUAUUACCAAGUUGAAAGAAAAGGGUCAUUUGUAAUGUGAUGUCGACAACACUAUUGUUUUAGUUAUAAAAAAAAUUCUUUAUGUGGUUUUCAGCUGUUACAAAUUAUAUUUUUUUUCAAAAACAUAUUUUUCUUCUAAUUCAAAAGAUAAAAUUUUAAUACCAUGAACAUUGUAAUGGCCGUCUUUUUUUAUAUUUUGGAGAAUUCAUCGACAUAAUGUUAUAAUUAUUUUUUAUCAAUUUAUUGUUAUUUGUUAGUAAUAUAAUAUAUAUAUAAUAUAUUUACUCAAAAUA